GAGGUUUUCAGUCUGUCAGAAGUGGUCGUCGUGUUUAAGUCUUCUGCAUAGAACAAAAUAAUAAAGUUAUUAUAAAUAUGAAAUAUUCGUGUGUUUUAUUGGCUCUAGCCAUAUUGCCAUAUUUAGUUUUGGCUCAAAUUAAAACAAGACCACCAAUUUCGGGGAAUUUGGUACAAAUUAUAAACAAUACUAGUUCAUAUCAUUCGAGUAAUGUUACGAAUUCUUCAUAUCCAUCAUCAUAUCCAGCAUUGCCAGCAGUAAAUUAUAAUAUUCGUGUUGUUCCAAGUAAACCAAUUUUCAUAGAUGAAACUGCUGAAUUUUUAAACACAACUAGAUCAAAAAUGGCAUCGGGAGUAUGUUUUACUGAAGUUCCAACUGCAACACUUGCUAAAAACCUUAACGCAGUUCCCAGCGGCAAUGGUUCAACACCAACUAUGAGUCGUAUUCAAAUAUGCUGUGAAGGCUACGAACGCAAUCCUCACAUCUUCCGCAAAUGUGAUCCAAUUUGUAAGGACGAUUGUCCCAAUGGUAUCUGCACAGCUCCAAACACUUGUGUUUGCUUGCCCGGAAAUGUUCGAGACUACGAAGACAAUUGUGUACCAAUUUGCCCAAUCGGUUGUCGCAAUGGCAAUUGUCAACCGGAUGGAACUUGUGUUUGUAAGCCAGGUUUCAUUUUGGAUCCAGUUACAAAGAUGUUUUGUAAACCACAUUGCAGUAAAGGAUGUGAUUUUGGAACAUGUAUUGCUCCAGAAACUUGCCGUUGUAUGCCAAAAUAUGAACUUUCAUCAUUUGGAACUUGUCAACCAAAGUGUGAAAGCUGUGAGCAUGGAAAAUGCACAGCUCCAGGUCUUUGCAGUUGUGAUCGAGGUUAUAUAAGAAAGGGAGAUGUUUGUGAACCAAUUUGUACAAAGGGAUGUGUUAAAGGAACCUGUACCGCUCCUGACACUUGCACCUGCAAGCCUGGAUUCGCUCUCGAUAAUACAGGUGCUAAUUGUAUACCUCAUUGUGACAAACCCUGUUUGAAUGGAUUCUGUGAUGGACAUAAUGUGUGUUCUUGUAACUAUGGUUACAUUUUGGACGAAACUCAACCGAAUGUGUGUAAGGCACAUUGUCCAGCUGGAUGUCCCAAUGGAUAUUGUACAUCACCAAACUUUUGUAUCUGUAAGCCUGGUUACAUGAAAAGUGGUGUUAAAGGCAGACAAACUUGUGUACCAUUUUAAAAUACUGAUAUGGAUGUGAUGUUUUGAGGUUUUUAAUAAAAAUUUAUUAAUAUUUUAA